AUGAGGGUAAUAGAAGUGAUUAUCGACGGCUUCAAGUCGUAUGCAGUGCGAACAGUGAUAUCGGGAUGGGACGAGAGCUUCAACUCCAUUACCGGCCUGAACGGUAGCGGAAAGUCAAAUAUCCUCGACUCAAUAUGUUUCGUCCUCGGAAUCACGAAUAUGUCCACGGUGCGGGCGCAAAAUCUCCAAGAUCUUAUAUAUAAAAGAGGUCAAGCGGGUGUCACCAAAGCUAGCGUUACGAUCGUCUUCGACAAUAGAGAUAAGAAGAAGUCGCCCAUAGGAUUCGAAGAGUAUGCUACCAUCAGCGUAACCCGCCAGAUCGUACUUGGCGGCACGUCCAAAUAUUUGAUCAACGGUCACCGUGCACAGCAGCAGACGGUUCAGAACCUCUUCCAGUCUGUACAACUGAACAUCAACAACCCGAACUUCCUUAUCAUGCAGGGCCGUAUUACCAAAGUCCUCAACAUGAAGCCUGUCGAGAUUUUAGCCAUGAUUGAAGAGGCGGCCGGUACAAGAAUGUUUGAGGACAGGCGAGACAAAGCUUUGAAGACAAUGGCGAAGAAGGAAACAAAGCUCCAAGAGCUAAGCGAACUGCUGAGAGACGAGAUCGAGCCCAAGCUAGAGAAGCUUCGAGGAGAGAAGAGAGCAUUCUUGGAUUUUCAACAAACUCAGAACGAUCUAGAGCGACUGUCUCGCGUUGUUGUGGCAUACGACUACACAAAAUGUCAAGAAAAGCUGAAGCAGUCUGCGGCCGAUCUUGAAGCUAAAAAGCUGCGCCAUAAAAGCCUAGAAGAUUCUGCCGUUCGUAUGCGCAAUGAGAUAUCACAUCUGGAAGAAGAUGUCAAGAGAAUAAAGUCCCAGCGGGAUAAGGAGCUGAAAAAGGGUGGCAAAGCACAAGGUCUCGAAGAUAAGGUAAAGAAAUACUCUAAUGAGUUGGUCCGACUUACAACGGUUAUGGACCUCAAAAAGGCGAGCUUGGCGGAGGAAACGGAGAAAAAAGCAGCCGUUAUGAGAACGGUAUCAGAACUAGAAGCAUCUCUACAGGAUAAGACGGCUACGUUCGACAAUGUCAAAGCGAAAUACGAAGCAGCAAAGGAUGGCUUGGCAAAGCAAGUGAAGGAAGUUGAAUCCAAAGAAGAACUCUUGCAAACCCUACAAACUGGAGUGGCUUCUAGAGAGGGACAAGAAAACGGUUAUCAAGGCCAACUUCAAGAGGCAAAGAAUCGCGCUACUACUGCAGCAACCACGCAGGAGCAGGCAAAGAUCAAGAUUGCCCACUUGCAAAGUCGAGUCAGAGAGGAGGAGCCUCGAGCUCGGAAGGCCAAGGAGCAGAAUGCACAACUGCUUCGCGACCUAGACGGGUUGAAGUUACAAGGCCAGAAGCUGGAAAAGGAGCUGAACAAGCUCGGCCUUGAGCCUGGCCAAGAAGAGGCGAUGUUCAAGGAAGAGUCGAGUUUGCAGCAAACUGUUCGAAACCUACGGCAAGACUGCGAUGGCCUGAAACGGAAAGUUGCCAACAUUGAUUUCAACUAUGCUGACCCUGUUACCAACUUUGACAGAUCAAAGGUCAAAGGCCUCGUUGCUCAACUGUUCACAAUUGAUCAAGAUAAACUAAGCGCUGGAACGGCUUUGGAAAUAUGUGCUGGUGGACGACUAUACAAUGUUGUAGUUGAUUCUGAAGUGACGGGCACGCAGUUGCUUCAGAAAGGCAGACUCAGGAAGCGAGUAACAAUCAUUCCUCUCAACAAAAUCUCCGCUUUUAGAGCAUCAGCACAAAGCAUCGCGACCGCACAGAAUCUCGCGCCAGGAAAAGUCGAUCUCGCUCUUACGCUGGUUGGCUACGACAAGGAGGUGGCCUCUGCAAUGGAAUACGUUUUUGGCAACACUCUCAUAUGCGCAGACGCCGAAACAGCGAAAAAAGUCACCUUCCAUCCUAAUGUGAGAAUGCGGAGUAUUACCCUCGAAGGAGACUCUUACGACCCUUCGGGAACUCUUUCAGGCGGCAGCUCUCCAAACUCCAGCGGCGUUUUGGUGACUUUACAGAAGCUCAACACUCUGACUCGGCAGCUGAAUGAGGCUGAAAGAUCACUAAAGGACAUUCAGAUCAAGAUUGCGAGGGAGAAAUCCAAACUAGAUCAAGCCCGCCAGAUCCAACAAACUCUGGACCUGAAGAAACAUGAAAUCAAGCUGGCAGAAGAUCAGAUUGGCGGAAACUCAUCUUCUUCAAUCAUUCAAGAAAUUGAAAAGUGGAAAGCUACCAUUGCUGAACUACAAGAGAGUAUAUCGAAUGCCAGAACCCGUCAGGCCGAGGCCAGUGCGGAUAUCAAGCGCAUUGAGAAGGACAUGAAAGAUUUUGACAAUAACAAGGAUGGCAAACUAGUCGAACUACAAAAAUCUCUAGAUAAGUUAAGGGGAAGUCUCGACAAGAAUUCGGCAGCUGUCAAAACCUUGCAAAAAGAACUGCAAGGUGCUCAACUAGACCUGGAGCAAGUGGGAGGUGAUCUAUCUGCUGCACGGGAGCAGCUUCAAGAGGUAGAGGUGGCCAUCAAGGCUCAGCAGCAAGAUAUCGAAGAGUUGUCAAAACAGCAGGCCAAGGUGGCCGAGACACAUGACACCGCACAGGCCGAACUUGAGGACGAAAGAGCCAAGCUACACCAAUUCGACGACGAACUUCGAGCUUUAGAGGAGGCCACGCGCUCAAAGAAGGCUCGCAUUACGGAAGAAGGGUUGGAGAUGCAGAAACUUGGUCACCAAAUAGAGAAAUUCCACAAAGAGCAACAAUCUGCAGGAGAGAAUGUUGCGCGGCUCGAGGCCGAAUACGAAUGGAUUCAGGAUGAGAAGGACCAUUUCGGCCGCAGCGGGACGCCCUACGAUUUCCAGCAACACAAUAUAGCGGAGUGCAAGUCUACACUGCGGAACCUCACAGAGAGAUUCCAAGGAAUGAAGAAGAAGAUCAAUCCCAAGGUGAUGAACAUGAUCGACAGCGUUGAGAAGAAGGAAAUCUCACUCAAACAAAUGAUAAAGACUGUCAUUCGAGACAAGAGGAAGAUUGAAGAGACCAUUGUCAGUCUAGAUGAGUAUAAGAAGAAGGCGCUACAAGAGACUUGGGAGAAGGUCAAUGGCGACUUUGGUCAGAUCUUCUCUGAUCUUCUCCCUGGAGGUAGUUUCGCAAAGCUGGAUCCUCCAGAGGGUAAGACGAUCAGCGACGGUCUUGAAGUGAAGGUUUGCUUGGGCAAGGUGUGGAAGCAAAGUCUAACGGAACUGAGCGGUGGUCAGAGGUCACUUGUCGCACUUUCACUCAUCAUGGCUCUAUUACAAUUCAAGCCCGCGCCAAUGUACAUCCUUGACGAGGUUGACGCCGCUCUCGAUCUUUCUCACACACAAAACAUUGGACGUCUCAUCAAGACGCGGUUCAAGGGCUCACAAUUUAUUGUUGUGAGUCUGAAGGACGGCAUGUUCCAGAACGCCAAUCGCAUCUUCCGUACACGCUUCAGUGAAGGAACGAGUAUGGUUCAGGCACUCACGCCGGCGGACUUGAAGUAA